CUUACACUAUGCGAUUCUCAACAAGCACCAUCCUGGUUACCGCGCUGGGAUGGAUUACCGCCGCGACCGCACACACCAUCCAACUCAAGGCUCACACACGAGAAUGCUUCCACGAGUCACUGCACCGCGACGAUGUCAUGACUGUCACUUUCCAGGUUGGAGAUCGGGAGUUUGGAGGGAGUGGAAACCUUGAGGUUGAUUUCUGGGUCGAGGAUCCCCUGAGAAACCGCCAGUACUUCAAGCAAGCCGUUACCUCCGACGACUACUCGUUCACCGCACAGGCGGACGGCAAAUACAACUACUGCUUCAGCAACGAGGGUUGGACCUCGAACUCCAAGGAGGUCUCCUUCAACGUCCACGGAAUUGUCUACGUGCCUGAACACGAGAUGGCGCAGGAUCCCCUCGAGGUUGAAGUUCGCAAACUCUCCGAGGCUUUGACGCAGGUGAAGGAUGAGCAAUCGUACAUUGUCGUGCGCGAGCGAGUACACCGCAAUACCGCAGAGAGCACCAACGGCCGCGUGAAGUGGUGGAGUAUGUUCCAGCUUAUGGUGGUUAUUGGCGAGGGUGUGUUCCAGGUGUGGUGGCUCAAGAGAUUCUUCGAGGUCAAGCGUGUGGUCUAAACUUGAUUUGCCGUCUUUCCUUGAUCAAAAA